AUGUCUUCAGACGGGGAUGAUGAAUUCGAUGUCCCCUCUGCCCCUCCACUUUUCAAAGGAUUAGAAAAAGAUAAAGUCGAGACGAGAAAGCGACAAGCACUGUUUCUACGCCAAGCUUUACGGAUCGUUGAAAGAUUCGCUCACAAUCCUGUAAAUGCUAAUAUGUUAGCUUAUGCUUUACCAUGGUUAGAACGUGAACAGUAUGACGAUAUCUCAAUAGAGCGAAAUGCUUAUGGAAACUGUGGUUAUGCAUUAUGUCCCAAGCCUAAAGGUCAAACCACUAAACAAAAGUACCGUAUUUGCACAACCACUCGGAGAGUAUAUGAUAUUACCAAGCGUCAACCAUUUUGUUCAGACUGGUGUUACCGCGCUUCAUGUUACAUACGAAAACAGAUUUCUAGAGAACCAGCAUGGUGCCGUUCAUCAGAUAGUUUAAAACCGUGUCACAUAAAUUUGCUACCUCCUAACGUUCCAGGACAUGUUGGUAAAGUGAUUUUAGAUGUUCAGAAUCGUUUACUUUUAAAUGGAUCUGAAAGUGAUUCAAGUAUUGAAAACGAACUUAAUAUGAAUGCUGAAUCUAUUGACUUGUCGAGUAGUACAUUGGAAUAUUCACGUAAGGAACUCGAGAAACUGGCACUUGGAACAAAUAAUGAAAACAGCAUCGUAGUUCGUGAGAUCUGUCCACGUGCAUUGGACUCUGUUGAAUCUACAGUUACUUCUUAUGAUGAUCAGUCAAAAAUGCAUCUUACGUCUCCAUCAGAUUGCAAAAAUCCGUUAGAUAACCAAAAUAAUGUAUGUACCAAUGUAUGUGACAGACUUUCAAAACGUUUACAAGAAUGGCUAACUGAAAAAGCCUUUGUAAUUCUUACUACCCAUACAUUUACAUCUGAGGAAUCAAAUUCGGUUGAUGGGUUACAUAGAAGAAUUUUGCAGCAAUUUUUCUCAAAACAUGUAUCGUCAAAAGAAGAAAUCCGGGAGGAAACUCAAUUUUCUGACUAUCCGCUUACCUGUGUUCUACCACUUAUUGAUUCGGUUUCUCCUGGAGUUCUCCGUAGACAAAUCCUUCUGGAUGAUCUCAAAAAAAGGUAAUUAUUUUGGGUGAGGUUUUUAUGUUUAUUUAGUUAUACACAACACUUCUGUGGAAGUAUAUGUGCUACGUAGGAUUUUUUCCUGCUGUGUACUAAACUUGAUUUUUCACAGGGAAUUACGUGUGAAGAGAAGGCCAAUGUGUGACCCAGUGAUUUAGUCACAUUUGUCGGUUAAAGCAGUUUAAUUUAUUAAUAUGGUAAAGUGUACUCAUGUAUUAAGUGAUUGAUAAUUGAUACCAAGUUUUAAUUAUUCAUAACACGACUACUGGCCAGAUGAAUAAAUUAUAUGUGACUCAGUGUUUUCAAAUAUAAUUGUUUACCUGAUUGUGGGCUUUUGGUUAGCGCAUGAUGAAAUCAUCUGCAAUCUUACCUACUUUCUCGAACUAGGCCGUAUUAAUCUUGUUCAGUUAUAGCAGUAGCCCCCAAAUGCCCUGGUACGG